UAGAAACAUACACUUGAUCGAACGUGUCAAUAACAAAAUGUCAGGAGACGAGCUCGUUGACCACUCACCGCAGCAUCCAACCCCGGCCGCUCCGAUCCCAACCGCUUCCAAUCUUGUGCUCAUCGACAAUUACGACUCAUUCACCUGGAAUGUCUAUCAGUAUCUUGUGCUCGAAGGAGCCAAGGUGACUGUCUAUCGCAACGAUGAGGUUACUUUGGAGAACCUCAUAGCGUUGAAGCCAACGCAAUUGGUCGUCAGUCCUGGUCCGGGACAUCCGACGACCGAUUCUGGCAUCAGCAAAGAUGCCAUCAAGCACUUCAGCGGCAAAAUUCCAGUACUGGGAGUCUGCAUGGGCGAGCAAUGCAUCUUUUCCGUAUUCGGAGGAGACGUCAAAGGUACUGGUGAGAUUAUGCACGGCAAGACGUCGCCUCUCCGCCACGAUGGAAGGGGCGUCUAUGCAGGACUCGCACAGGAUCUCCCUGUAACCAGAUAUCACUCGCUGGCGGGUACCCAUUCGACCGUACCAGAGUGUCUGGAAGUAUCUUCCUGGAUCGAGGUCGGACCGGACGGGGGAAAAGGUGUCAUAAUGGGCGUUCGACACAAAGAACUCCUUGUGGAAGGAGUCCAAUUUCAUCCAGAAAGUAUCCUGACUGCGGAAGGGAACGUCAUGAUCAAGAACUUUCUGCACAUGCAGGGUGGAACUUGGGCAGAAAAUGCGAGAUUGCAGAAAGAUUCACCGCCUGCAGUUGCCAAUGGCGCACAAUCGAAAAGCCCCGCUCCGAAGGUCUCCAUACUUGAGCGUAUCUACGAGCACCGUAAACGUGCAGUCGCGGCUCAGAAGCAGAUUCCUUCUCAACGACCGGAGGAUUUGCAAGCCGCACUUGACCUGGAUCUUGCCCCUUCACUCGUAUCAUUCGCCGACCGCUUAAGACAGACGCCAUUCCAGCUAUCUCUGAUGGCAGAGAUCAAGCGAGCAUCGCCUUCGAAAGGAGUCAUUUCCCUUUCCGCUUGCGCACCUGCUCAAGCGCGGACUUAUGCACUGGCAGGCGCGAGCACUAUUUCAGUUCUGACUGAGCCAGAGUGGUUUAAAGGAAGCAUAGACGACCUGAAGAGUGUUCGCACGGCGCUCGAAGGCAUGCCGAAUCGACCCGCGUUGCUAAGAAAAGAGUUCAUCUUCGAAGAGUAUCAAAUACUCGAGGCAAGACUUGCUGGCGCAGAUACAGUGUUGCUCAUCGUGAAGAUGCUGGAUACCGAAACACUUACAAGACUAUACAAAUACUCUCAGUCUUUGGGUAUGGAGCCACUCGUCGAGGUCAACACCAUUGAGGAGAUGGAGGUUGCCGUCAAACUGGGCUCAAAGGUCAUUGGCGUGAACAACCGAAAUCUCACAAGCUUCGAGGUCGACAUGGAGACCACGACAAGGCUGAUGAAGAUCGUGCCAAAGGAGACUAUUCUCUGUGCGCUGAGUGGAAUCGCGGUGCCUGAGGAUGUUGUUUCAUACCAGAAGAGUGGCGUCGGCGCUGUACUUGUUGGGGAGGCGCUUAUGCGCGCAAAGGACACGGCCAACUUCAUAUCUGAGCUUCUUGGAAGAGAUGUUAAGGCCAUCAAGGCAAAGUCCCAGCGCAGACUACUUGUCAAAAUCUGCGGCACCAGGAGCGCCGAGGCUGCCAGCACUGCUAUCCAGGCGGGAGCAGAUCUGAUUGGCAUUAUUCUCGUAAAUGGGCGCAAGCGAUGUGUUUCGACCGAAACCGCGUUGCAGAUCUCAGAGGCCGUACACGGCACUCCAAAGGCAGCCGGGCCUGUCACCAAUCCGCCCAGCGAAGCCAGCGAGAAGGCGAGCAGUUUCUUUGAGCAUGCGGCUGCCCACCACAUACAACACCCGAAACGUGCGCUGCUUGUGGGGGUAUUCUUGGAUCAGCCACUCGACUACGUACUCGAACAGCAGAAGCUUUUGAACCUUGACAUAGUGCAGCUUCACGGCUCCGAGCCGCUGGAGUGGGCAUCACUAAUUCCGGUACCCGUAAUUCGAUCAUUCAAACCUGGAAACUCUGGUCUUGCCACACGAGGUUUCCACUCCAUACCCCUGCUUGACUCGGGCUCGGGAAGUGGCAAGCAACUUGACAUUGACAGUGUCAAGAGCCUCCUGCAGGGAGAUCCGGGACUGCGUGUACUGCUCGCCGGCGGGCUUGACCCGGACAACGUCGCCCAAGCUGUCAACUCUGUGGGCGAGAACAAAUCUCAGCUGGCGGGUGUCGAUGUCAGCAGCGGAGUGGAGGUCGAUGGUGAACAAAAUCUGGACAAGAUCCGUGCGUUCGUCAAGGCUGCCAAGGCUGUGGAGCUAUAG